AUGAAUCUCCUAUUUAAAUUCGUAGAUACGAUGCAGGAUGAAUGGAAACUGGGACACGCGGGACGCAUAGGUUACUUAGACGCCAUUGCAGAAUUAGCGGAUUUCAGAAAAGUAAAUGGCGCAUCAGAAACAGAAUGGAGAAGGCUGUCCACAGCAGAAAUGUACUUAAAAAGGGCGCGAAAAACCGUUUCAAAGAUGAUGAGGUUGCAAUGGACCAGCGAACUCGAUAUUGACGCUUUAGAAGCCAAGGGGCACUGGGCCACCAUGGAAGAGCUUUUAGAGGUGGUGGGGCGUUACUUGCCGCGCUAUGAGAGCGUGCUUAAAGCAUGCAGGGAUAAACCAGAUACUGUUUCGCCACUGGAAUUAUCGUUUGCUACCAAAUUUCUGGCCGUCUAUUUGUUUAUCAAGGUUAAAGGCUCACGCCCGAUGACAUACCAAUAUCUAACCGUAGAAAUGGUCGACAAAGCUAAGACUAACGGCGGAUUCAUAGACCAAAAACAAUUCAAGACGGCUGGAAAGUAUGGUUUUGAUUCCCUUUUCCUGACAGACACUAGUAUGCAAGUCCUGGAAGGCUACAUCAACCACAUUCGCCCACUUCUCAAGCCUAAUUGUGAUUAUGUUUUAGCCACGAGAAAUGGUCGACAACAUAACAAGCUAGGAGAAGCAAUGAGUAAAUUGGUGUUCGAUGCAACAGGCAAGUAUGUCACCCAACUCGUUACUGCCAAAUAGUGGAGACGGCAAGCUCUAGAACUCUCAGCAGCAGAGUGCAGGAUGCGAUCUCCGAGGACCAGAAACACAGCUCUGUUGUGGCAAGAGUUCACUAUCAAAAACGGCGAUCUCGCAAAGUCGCCAGCAAAGCACAUACAUUUUUGGAAAGACUACAGGGCGAGAGGGGAUCAGAGCUAGAGAUGGACGUACGCUCUAGGCUGUCUGAGAAUUCAAGUUCUUCACAAGAACAAGAUGUUGGCAAAACCGAUACGUCUUCUAAUGACGAAGAAGACGUAAUCACAGAUACAACACGCGAGCCUUUAGUAGGAGUGCCAAAAUUGAGGGGCGAAAAUGCGUUCAGAGUGACCGAAACAAGCACGCGAUGGAAGAGUUUAAUGUUCACCCCCGAGGAAGACAAAUUUCUCAAAGCUGGACUUAAACGGUACGGAUUUGGGCAAUGGAAAGCGAUUCUAACAGACCCCGACUUUCAGUUCCAAAAGGGAAGAACGGCUAACUCUCUUCUGAGCCGAGCCGCUCGAAGAUUUGGAUCAUAUUCAACAUCGAUGCAGCGUUAA